AUGGAACAUCAACUAGGAGGCAAUUCUCCUAACACCACUUUUGAAAACGAGGAUACCAUCAAAUUGGAGUCAUCCAUCGCCUCCAGCUCCCCUACCAUGGGCAUAAGAUUCAACCAAAAUAACUAUGGAUUUAAUGAUCAGGACCUCUAUCAAUUCGAUAGUAAUGCCCCUUUCAUCCCAGUGCCUCCAAUGGCCAUAGCACACAGCGGAGCACCCAAUAUUUCUUCCAAUGCUGCAUUCCUCUCCAAUUUGGCUCCGACUCCUCAAUUCCAGAAUUAUGGCUCGGGCACACCUCACAACAACGGCGAGUUCUUUAACAGCCUGUCACACUAUUCUAUAUUUUCAAACCCUCAGGCUGCCAUGUCUGCUAACUCAUUGCAUAAUAGUAGCCAAGGGCAAGGAAACCAACCACUCUACAAAUUGAACAUCGACUCGACUCCGGAAUUAAUCAAUAACUCAAUUACAGGGCCUCAGUCAGUUGACUUGAUGUACAACCUUGAAUUGGGGAACCACUCAUUGGACUCGAUUCCUAACUCGAUGAUAUACAACAGCAGAGAGAUUGAAGAUAGUUCCAUCAACUCCGUUACCACCUUCCAACCAAACCAGGAAACUGUAUUGAGAAGCUUUUCUACAGCAUACCAGACAAUGAACGAUUUUGGAAUGUAUCCCUAUACGCCAACUAUCAAUGAUGUCUACACACCAACCUUGUCUGAUACCAGCUUCACUCCUAAUUCGUCUGUUAACAACACGACAACUUCAACAAAUGAAGAAUACAACGUUAGAGGUCCAGCUCCUCUAAUGUAUAAACCAUUGCCAUCCUCCACAAGCUCGCAUUCCUUAGACCAUAAGAUUAGUAAGAAACUGUCCAUCACUAGAUUGAACAACAACGUUGCAGCUUCUAUCAACAACAAAAAAGGCUUGAUGUUGGCUACCCACAUCUCUAAUGCUAGCAAUUCCCCAUUAGGUGAAUUGUCCCCAAAAAUGUCCCCAUUGUGCAAUAAAUAUAAGGCGAUGGAACUACACCUGACCCCUAACAAGAGUAGAUCAGUAUCAAACGGAUCUACUACGUAUUCAAUGGGCCCGGGACCUACACCUAUUUCGAGUGCAGGUUUACCACAAAUGGACAUAUUCCGUCACAAUUCAGAUUCUUCAGCUUCUUCGUACGUCUCUUCUGAAACACCGAGAAGGAAGACAUACCCAACCUUAAAAGAGGUAGUUAAAAAGUCUAGGAAGACCUCAAAGAAAGUCAAAGAUCUGAUUGAUGACACUUAUGGUACUCCACCAAAACCCAAGAAAUACACUCGGAGAAGAUUGUUACCAAGAUCCAAGAACGGUUGUUGGAUUUGUCGUAUCAAGCAUUUGAAAUGUGACGAGGUCCGUCCUAUCUGUGCUGGAUGUGCAAAGUUUGGCAUUGACUGUGACUACAGUCCCGAGAAACCAGAUUACGUAAUUGACAAGAACCUAAGGAAAGAAAAGUUAAUGGAUCUUUCUCUUGUUCGUAAACUGAAGCAAUCGAAUGACAAAGAGCAAAUCAAGCAUACUCAAGAUGAUCGCUACGCCAGCUCUGAAUCUCUUCCAUUCGUAGAUGGUAGAACAAGAUCCACUUAG